AUGGCGUCUUCUCAUUGUUGGAAAUGCCUUUCUCGGCCUACGAAUCCCAUCUCGUCUGCGUCUUCGCCGCUAGUCCUACGAUUCGCCAACCCGUCAACGACGAAAGGAGUCAAUGUAGCUGCCACGGCGCAGUUCUCGACGACUGCGAAGCUCGCUGCUGCGCUUGUCAAGACGGCAAAAAUGGUGGCUGGGAAGGGCAAGGGUGCGAAGACGUUGCGGAUUAAGAAGAAGGCGUUUGUGAAGACGGGAAAGCCGCCGGCGACUGGAGAGCGGAAGGCGCUGAGGAAGAGAAUCGUUCUGAGUAACACGAAUGCGCUUGAGGUGCGAGAUUUGAGAGAUUUGGAUGGGAAGAUGGUUGAUGAGAUGGUGGCGGCUAGAGGAGGGGAGGGGCAGACUCCACAAUCGCUGGCUGCGGCUGUUAUUGGGGAUGAGGGUGCCUUGGUUGGUCAGGUGGUGGGACUGAAGGGUGUUACGGUUGAUUCUUUGAGAGCAGUUGAGGCCUUCAAGACGACGCAGGGAUGGGGCAUUUUUAGGCGACCGGCGUUGCUGAUUAGAGAGGAGACGGCGGCGUUGAAUAAGAAGAUGUUGGAUGCGGAGAUAAAGAGAGAGACUGUGAGGGUUGUGCUCGAUGGUGACAAAGGGACGGGGAAGAGUUUGAUGAUGCUCAGUGCUAUGGCUACUGCCUUCGUGAAGGGAUGGGUAGUCUUGAAUAUCCCUGAAGCUCAAGACGUCACAAAUGCCGUUACAGACUACGCAGCCAUACCGGGCACCUCCCCUCCCCUCUACUCCCAAAAUACAUAUACCGCCAACCUGCUCAACCAAAUUGGCAAAGCCAACAGUAUCCUUCUGGCCGACCUCACUAUGUCUAAAGAAUACUCCCUACCGAUCACAGUACCAACUGGCAUCUCCCUCUUCCGACUCUGCGAACUAGGUGGUCGAGACCCCGACAUCGCCUGGCCAAUUUUCCAGGCACUCUGGUCGGAACUGACUCUUGAAGGCCGCCCUCCAAUCCUCAUGUGUCUUGACGGCCUCAGCUUCACCAUGCAGAAUUCGCUCUACCGUGCCCCGGACUUCUCACUAAUUCACGCCCACGACCUCGCUCUUGUUAAGCACUUCGUCGAUCAUCUCUCUGGUGCCACCACACUCCCCAAUGGCGGUGCCGUCCUAGCAGCCACAAGCAGAAGUCAUGCCCCAAUUUCGAAAUCCGUAAACCUCGCAAUUAAGCAAGCAGAAGAUAGAAAGGCAGGCAGAGACGUCACCCAACGCGAUCCUUUCGAGAAGAACUAUGAUUCUAGAGCGGACGCUGUGCUGAGCAAGAUGGAGGUCUUGCAUUUGAAGGGUUUAAGCAAGAGGGAGGCAAGGGGGUUGAUGGAGUACUGGGCUAAGAGUGGUGUUCUGAGGUGUAAGGUUGAUGAUGAGACAGUUACGGAGAAGUGGGCUCUUGCUGGAAAUGGAGUUGUGGGCGAGAUCCAGAGAACGGCACUUUGGAUGAGGAUGUAA